AUGGGAGCAACAAAUUCAAGUAAUAUUUCUACUAGUAUUUCAUCAAAUUUACCAGUAUGGAGAUGGAACUCUCCAACACCAUAUCUAUUUAGUGCAAUAGUUAUACUCAUGGGUUGUAUUGCUACUGCAUUGCUUAUGCUUGCUUGUUCCCACCAGAAACACCCGGACGAGCCCUCCAACUCGACCGGGGAUCAAAUUCGAUGGGAAAUGCCGGCUAUUCCGGCAAAAAAUGAAGCCAAAGUUGUUGUCAUCAUGGCUGGAGAUGACAAACCUACUUAUUUUGCUGCACCUUCUCAUGUACAAGAUCCUCAUCCUUUUAACCACAUUUGUACAUGUGGAUAUCAACUAGUAUACAAAUGCUCAAGAAAGGAUGAUGUUAUAGAACAUGCAUGA